AUCACUGUCUUUCUUUGUCUCUUCUUCUUCAGAGGCUUUAGCUAUCUAUCUUCUUGCCACUCUGAGCACAGUUGCCUCCUGCAUUGCAUAGGACUGGAAUUUUUUGCAGGUUAAACAAGCAAUCAGAUAUGGAGGCUGCUAGUCUGGUCUCCCUGACAACCUCCACUGCUGUGAACCGCAGAUUCUCAUGGCGGUACCAAUCGACACCGACACCCAAGGUCAGGAUGAUGCAGCCGGUCAUGGCAUCGAAAUCUGGAGCGAAACUGGUUUCUGCUGGCUGCAAGACUUGCAGAGGGAAGGGGGCAGUAGAAUGUGAAGGCUGCAAAGGGACUGGGAGGAACAAGAAGAACGGCAACAUCUUCGAGAGAUGGAAGUGCUUCGACUGCCAGGGGUUUGGGAUGAGGAAAUGCCCCAGCUGCGGCAAAGGAGGCCUCACACCAGAGCAGAGAGGGGAGAGAUAGAAUCAAGAGAAUGCAAUGUGCCAUAAUAAGUACUUUGGAGAUGAUCAAUCAUCAUGUAUAAACUCUCUGAUCAUACGCGGGGCUCAUAUUUCAGUAUCGAAAAAUGUACUUUUGCAUUAUAUACCAUAUUGUAGUAGCAGUAAAGAAAUUAGUGAUUGGAGAGUUGUGUUCUGGAGACCA